AGUGACUUGCCUAAGCCUGCCGAACUGCAAAGCACAUUUUAAUGGCUGCCAGUUUUGGGAGGAACCGCUCACAUUCAGCUCUCGCAUUCAACUAGCCCCUUUGUCUGGGACUCGAUCAUCCAAACAGAGUUAACCCCUCUGUAACCACCAACAAGCCUUGUUACCACGGUGUCCACUAGAGCUAUAAAUACAGCGGACCUGCUACAGAAGACUCACACUCAAGAUUUCUCCAGCAGAUCCUUAACGUCAGCCUGAGGAAACUACAACCAUGCGUGAGUGCAUCUCUGUCCAUGUCGGCCAAGCUGGAGUCCAGAUGGGAAAUGCCUGCUGGGAGCUCUACUGUCUGGAGCAUGGGAUCCAGCCUGAUGGUCAGAUGCCCAGUGAUAAGACCAUUGGAGGAGGGGACGACUCCUUCAACACCUUCUUCAGUGAGACUGGAGCUGGCAAACAUGUGCCUCGUGCCGUCUUUGUUGACCUGGAGCCCACUGUCAUAGACGAGGUGCGCACAGGAACCUACCGCCAGCUGUUCCAUCCUGAGCAGCUGAUCACAGGCAAAGAAGAUGCUGCCAACAACUAUGCCCGUGGGCACUACACCAUUGGCAAGGAGAUCAUCGAUUUGGUACUUGAUAGGACGCGCAAACUGGCUGACCAGUGCACUGGGCUUCAAGGUUUCCUCAUCUUCCACUCCUUCGGUGGAGGCACUGGCUCUGGCUUCACCUCCCUGCUGAUGGAGCGUCUCUCUGUUGACUAUGGAAAGAAGUCUAAGCUCGAGUUCGCCAUCUAUCCAGCCCCUCAGGUGUCCACUGCUGUGGUGGAGCCCUACAACUCCAUCCUGACCACCCACACCACCCUGGAGCACUCUGACUGCGCCUUCAUGGUAGAUAAUGAAGCCAUCUAUGACAUCUGCCGUAGAAACCUGGACAUUGAGCGUCCAACCUACACCAACCUCAACAGGCUCAUCGGCCAGAUUGUCUCCUCCAUCACUGCCUCCCUGCGCUUCGAUGGUGCUUUGAAUGUAGAUCUUACAGAGUUCCAGACCAACUUGGUGCCCUACCCUCGUAUCCACUUCCCUCUGGCCACCUAUGCUCCAGUCAUCUCAGCUGAGAAGGCCUACCAUGAGCAGCUGUCUGUUGCUGAGAUCACCAAUGCCUGCUUCGAGCCCGCCAACCAGAUGGUAAAGUGUGACCCCCGUCAUGGCAAAUACAUGGCCUGCUGCCUGCUGUACCGUGGCGACGUGGUGCCCAAAGAUGUCAACUCUGCCAUCGCCACCAUCAAGACCAAACGUACCAUCCAGUUUGUGGACUGGUGUCCCACUGGCUUCAAGGUGGGCAUCAACUACCAGCCCCCUACCGUGGUUCCUGGAGGAGACCUGGCCAAGGUGCAGAGGGCCGUGUGCAUGCUGAGCAACACCACCGCCAUCGCUGAGGCCUGGGCCAGGCUGGACCACAAGUUCGACCUGAUGUACGCCAAGAGAGCCUUCGUGCACUGGUAUGUGGGAGAGGGCAUGGAGGAGGGAGAGUUCUCUGAGGCCAGAGAAGACAUGGCUGCUCUGGAGAAGGAUUAUGAAGAAGUGGGAACCGACAGCGUUGGAGAUGAAGGCGAGGAGGAGGGAGAGGAGUACUAGAGGGUUUCAGAUCUGAAGAAUUACGUACACAACCCGAAGGCUGAGUGUUAGACUAAUUUGAGAACCAUACUGUACGUCCACUUUCACGUUAAACAUAACUGUGACCAUUUAAACACUGCAGUUUUGAUGUUGUAACACUUCACUUAAUAAAAUAGAUCUUAGAAAAA